UCUAUUCCUGACUCCUCUUAUCUACUUUAAACCCAUCUGUCUGUAUGACUUAUGUUUCUUUAAAGGUUAUAUCCUGGAGAACACUACAGACCUGAGCACCAGCAGUCUGUGUGGGACGGAGAACGACGACCAGGCAGAGGGCACCUCUUCCCAGACAAACACCUAUUGUCCAUCGGUGUUGGAGAGCGAGCCCCCUGGCUUGGACCAUGGCUGGCCGGCAGAGGACUGGAGCUACCGCCUGCAGGGUGAACCCAGUGUAGAGGUCUACUUCCAGUCUGAUAGAGCAGCCGGCAUGAAAGAUCUGCUCAGGGAGUUCAUCAGCAAGGCCACAAUGGUUCUGGCCAUUGUAAUGGACACAUUCAGUGAUGUGGAGAUGUUCUGUGACAUCCUGGAAGCAACCAGGAAGAGGAAUGUGUCUGUCUACCUGCUCCUGGACCAUAUCAACCUGCAGGUCUUUGUCAAGAUGUGUGAGACGCUACAGAUCAACAGUAAUCACCUCACUAAAAUGUCGGUCCGUAGUAUACAAGGAGAGACGUAUUGUGCAAAGUCUGGAAGGAAACUCACUGGACAGAUCAAAGAGAAGUUCAUGAUCAUUGACUGCACUUUAGUGCUGGCUGGAUCAUACAGGUAUAUUUCUGUUGUAUAAUUAGCUAAUAGUCACAUCAAUGUCACAAUCACAAUGGUUGACGUCAUUCUGAAUAGGUAGGUCAACGUUAUGAUGGUUGUCAUUCUGAAUAGGUAGGUCAACGUUAUGAUGGUUGUCAUUCUGAAUAGGUAGGUCAACGUUAUGAUGGUUGUCAUUCUGAAUAGGUAGGUCAGCGUUAUGAUGGUUGUCAUU